AAACCACCCAAAACCACCCAAAAACCCUCAAAAACCACCCUGGGAACCCCCAAAACCCUCAAAAACCACCCUGGGAACCCCAAAAAACCUCAAAAACCACCCAAAAAUCCCCCAAAACCACCCUGGGAACCCCAAAAUCCCUCAAAAACCACCGAACCCCAAAAAUCACCCCAAGAACCCCAAAAGUGCCCCAAGACCCCCAAAAUCCUCCCAAAAUCACCCCAGGACCCCCCAAAAUCACCCCAGGACCCCCCAAAAUCACCCCAGGACCCCCCAAAACCACCCCAGGACCCCCAAAAUCCCCCCAACACCCCCGAA